UCCCAGAUGCUGAAACCCUUGGUGGAGAAACGGCGUCGGGAUCGUAUCAAUAAGAAUUUGGAGGAAUUGCGCCUGCUCCUCCUGCAGAAAACCCACUGCCAGACCCUCAAGAACCCCAAAGUGGAGAAAGCGGAGAUCCUGGAGCUCGCCGUGGGGUACCUGCAGGAGAGGAAGCAGGCAGCCAUUCCCCAGGGUGCGAAUCCUUCCGAAGACGACGGCCUGCAGACUUGCUACGCCAUGGGUUUCCGGGCGUGUUUCGGACACCUGGAAUCCUUCGUCCGGCGAAGCCCCCCGUCCGUCCAAAGACACUUGUGGGAGACGCUGCACGUCUAUCUCGCCGCCACGUUGGAACCGUCUCCUCCGGAUUGGACCCCUCCCACGUUUUCUCCCAGUUCUUCGUCCGAGGAAUCGACUGCCGCAACCCGAGGGGCUUCCGGCUCCCCGCUGCAACGCAACAGAACUUUUGCAAGCUCAGGUGUGGCUUCCUGCAGCACGGGACACCUCGGGGGCCGGAUGAGAGACCCCCGAACCCCCACAUCAGUCAAAAACAUCUCUCAGCACCCCCCUUUCUGGCGUCCCUGGCCCUAGGGAGGGCAGAAAUAUUCCCGACCACCCCCCCUUUGCUCCUUAAAAAAAACAAAAAACAUGAUAUUGUAGCGGACAGCAAACCGAUUUUUCCAUUCGUAGGGUUCUCCGACGAACGUAGUUCUUAGGGACUAGCGACUUGGAUUCCCGCUUUGCCCAAAGCCAAACUGGCAGUGGUGGGCGCUGGCUGAAGGCAUUGUGGGAUCCUAACUAAAGGAAUGAUUUUAGAAACUCUUGUUUUAUGCCCGGGAUAUGUUGGCUUCAGAAACAAGCCCUGGUUAUAAAGAAUCAAGGUUUAGCAUAACUUGGGACUUAUUCAAGUAACAAUAAUUGAUGGUUUGGUUUCUUUGAAUGGUUUUUAUUUUUUAUUUUUUUAAAAAAAUUGUUUGUAAAUGUUUUUUUAAAAGGCAACCCUCCAAAUACCAGCAGUCUUCCAUUGACAAGAAAACUGGAAAUAAGUGACUGAUGAUUGAGUUUCACACUUAACGACCGUUGUAGCGUCCUCACGGCCACAAUUCGGGUAACUGGCAUGUACUUAUGACGGUUAUAGCUUCCCGUUGAUCGUCCUUUGUGACCUUCCCACAAGCCAAGUCAAUGGAGGAAGCCAGGUUCGUUUAAGCGGCCAAGCGAUUCAUUUAACGACUGAUUCGCUUAACGAAUUUAGCGAAAAGGCCGUUAAAAAUUGUUAAGUGGGACUCGCUUAACAGCCACGUGGCUUAAAGCCUGAUUCCCAAAUUGAGGCCGUAAGUUGAGGACUUUGCCUGUAAAUUUUCGAUGUAGAAUUCUGGAUCCCAGAGAGGUAAGUAAAGGAUUUUGGGGAAAGCAACUGGUUAAAUUAUUCAGGAUCUUCUCCCCAAACAGCUGUGGGGAAGGAGGGAUUUUUUUUUUGGCAGCUUAUUUUAUUUCACAGGGUGCCAAUUGUGGGGAAAAACUUUCCCAGAAAAAAUAAAAGUCAGUUGCAUUGGCCGGGAAUCGAACCCGGGCCUCCCGCGUGGCAGGCGAGAAUUCUACCACUGAACCACCAAUGCAUCUGCUGCAGAUGUGAUGGGGAAUCCAUCCUCUUAUGUGCCGCUCCAACCCGUUUUGCUUUUAAAUUUAUUUCUCUAAUUUACAUACCUCUCCAUCUAACAAAUCCGUAACUCAUUUUCCCCCUUGUUUUUCUUCCUAAUUUUGAAAAAAAGAUUAGGAAAAAAAAAAUUCCUUCCCCUGUAUUUCAAUUCCUGCUGAUUCCAAGGAUUUUUCCACGCAGUUUCCCUGGCUACGCUGUGAAACCCAAAUAUCUUCCCUUCCCAAUUCCAGAUGUGCAGCAACGUUCUUCCCACCGUAAACAGGUACUCCUCGAUGUACGACCACGAUUGAGCCCGACAUUUUUGUUGCUAAGUGAGACAUUUGCGAAGGGAGUUUUGCCCCAUCUUAUGACGUUUUGAUUUGUUAAGUGAAUCACUUUUUUUUGGUCAUUUAAUGACCCCGUAAAUCCGUUGUAGAAUGGAGUCUGUUCAACUGAAUGGAGCUGAGUGUUUUAUUGGCCGGAUGCCUUUCCUGUCACCAAUGCGGAGUUUUGUUCAGCAGAUAUAUUCUGAGUGCAGAGAGAGAGAAAUAUCAGCCUCUACCUAGAAUCGAACUCACAGCCUCCUGAUUGUGAGGUGUGAGCUCCACCUCUAAGCCACCACACCACUCUUUGUUAAGUGAAUCACAACAGUUGCUAAAUGAGCACCACGGUUGUUAAAUGAAUCUGGCAUCCCCGUGGACUUUGCUCGUCAAAACUCUGCGACAGUCAUAAAUUUGAGUCAGCUGCCAAGUGUUUUUUUUUUUCCCCCCUGUUUUAUUCCAAUUUCAUUUUGGACUGUAUUUCAUUCCAACUUCAUUUUAAAUCCUAUUUUAUCCAAUUCCGUUUUCAAUUGCUUUGAGUAUAUAAUUUGUUUUCUGGAACUCUGCACUUUUUGAUACGGCCCAAAUUAUAAAAUACGAUUAUAAAAAUGAAAUAAAAUGCCAAGUGUUUGAAUUCUGAUCACAUGACCACGGGAAAUACUGCCACAGUCACAAUUCUAAAAAAUGAUCCGGUCGUUUUUUUCCCCCCCAGGGCCGUUCUAACUUCAAAGUGUCGCUAAGUGAAUUGUUCUUAAGUCGAGGACUACCUGUACAUAGCAUCUGCCUCUUAACAAGAGCCUGUAGUACAGUGGACUAAAGCACUGUUAUUAACAUCUGCUGCUUGCAAUUACUGCAAGUUCGAAUCUCCCCAGGCUCAAGGUUGACUCAGCCUUCCAUCCUUUCAAAGGUAGGUAAAAUGAGGACCCAGAUUGUGGGGGCAAUAAGCUGACUUUGUAUAAAUAUACAAAAAAGGAUGAAGGCUAUUGCUUAACGCAUUGUAAGCCGCCCUGAGUCUCCAGAGAAGGGCGGCAUAUAAAUUAAAGAAAAAAAAAAAUUCCAGAUGUGCAGAGGUUUUCCAGCCACAUACAAAAAUACUUGCCGCUUGGGGAAUUCUCGGUGUGAAAAAGUCCCGCGUCACAAAAACGUUUUGACAAAAACGUUGAAUUAAUUCCUCGGUCCUGCAGCUGCAAGUCAGCUCCAACGUGUCAGAGGCUUUGCAAUUUUGAAGCACGAGCUGUUCACCAAAACAAAAGCCAAAAAAAAAAAAAAAACUUGCCCUGCAGUGUAGUGAUGAGAAGCGGGGCCUUCUUAGUGGUGGCCCCUUUGGGUAACGUUUCCGGAAGUAAAUCUGCGCUUGCUGAGGCCAAAAUUGGGAAAAAAAUGAACAUCUGGAAUGCAGUAGAACAGGGGGUAUCAAACUCGAUUUCAUUGAGGGCCGCAUCGGGGCGGUGGUUGACCUCGGGCGGGGGGUGGGCGUGGCCGACUGGGUGGCUUGCACGCAUGUGCGCGGCUAAAUGGCUAAAUAGGACGGCAUAGCGCCGGGGCAGGUGAGCAUCCGCAGAUCACCGUUACCGGUUCGCUUAAACCGGUCUGAACCGACUGGAUCCAACCACAUUGCAGGCCGGAUCUGGCCGACGGGCCUCGAGUUUGACAUCCCUUGCAGUAGAAGAUAUUCUUAAAGGGGACUUCCUUAUAUUACAGGCAGCGUCCAACCUACAAAUAUUCACUUAGUGACGGUUUGAAGUUAUGGCGCUGAAAAACAAAAGACUUAUGUCUGUUUUUCCCACGACCGUUGCAGCCUCCCCACGCGAGCCAAAUUCAGAUACUUGCCAACCGACUCAUAUUUAUGACGGUUGCAAAUGUUCCCGGGGGUCACGCGAUCCCCUUUUGCGACCAUCUUGACAAGCCAAGUCAACGGGGAAACCGGACUCGCUUAACAACCGUGCGAGUCAUUUAACUGCCGUGGUUCGCUUAACGGCGGCGGCGAGGAAGGUCGUAAAAUGCAGAACUCCCUUCGCCACUGUCUUGCUGAGUCAUAGUAAAUUUGGGCUCGAUUACAGUCGUACGUCGAGGAUUCUUGUCUUGAUUUUUGAUACGCUUUUUGAAUGGUGUGUAAAUAUAUUGUAAUAUUAUUUGGGGGGGGGGCACAGUUCCUGUUAGAAAAGAUAAUAGAUAUUAAUAUAGUUUUGUCUCAUGCUGCUAAGUGCUCUCGCAAGAGAGAUUUGAAAUUUACAGGGUUGAAAGUGAAUAAAUGAAUUGGACAAAGAAACUGAGGAUUUUUUUUAAAAAAAAAAUGUCCUGUAGGAAAAUGACUUUUUAAUCCAGGAUGAUGGCUCUACGGCUGUACCUUUUACGGAGUUAGUCCACGGUGUAAAAAAAAAAAAAAAAUCAAGACAUUUGCACGAAAUAAAACAUGCAGGAAAUGGAAUUUCUGCCCCUCUC